AUGGCCUCGAGACAUGGCCUGCGGACGUGCGCCGCUUCUAUGCGCGCCGCGGCUGCGCGACAGCAGCCCAUCCGCCAAAUCAGCACCACGGCGGCCCGCCGCCACGACACCGAGCGGCAGCAGCAGCAGGGCCGCACCACACAUUUCGGCUUCGAGACGGUCAAUGAGGCCGAAAAGGCCGGACGCGUCGCCGGCGUCUUCACCAGCGUUGCCGAAUCCUACGAUAAGAUGAACGACCUCAUGUCCUUUGGCGUGCACCGUCUGUGGAAGGACUACUUUGUAUCGUCGCUGAACCCCGGCGCGACGACGCCCCUCGGCCGUCCGCAGAGGAUCCUCGACGUCGCCGGCGGCACCGGCGACAUUGCCUUUCGCAUGGUCGAGCACGCGCACAGCCAAAACGCCAACCCCAACAUCCACGUCACCGUCUCCGACAUCAACCCGGCCAUGCUCGACGUCGGCCGCCAGCGCUCCCUCCGCCUGCCCGCCUCGCACCAGACGUGCCUCGGCUGGCUCGAGGCCAACGCUGAGCAGCUACCCGCCAGCGUCGCCGACAGCUCCCUCGACCUCUACACCGUCGCCUUUGGCAUCCGCAACUUCACCGACAUUCCCGCCGCCCUGCGCGAGGCCCAUCGCGUGCUCAAGCCUGGCGGCGUCUUCGCCUGCAUGGAGUUCAGCAAGGUCGGCAACCCGCUGCUCAACGCCAUCUACAAGCAGUGGUCCUUCAGCGCCAUCCCCCUCAUCGGCCAGCUCGUCGCCGCCGACCGCGACAGCUACCAGUACCUCGUCGAGAGCAUUGAGCGCUUCCCCAGCCAGGACGAGUUCAGGGAUAUGAUCAAGGAUGCUGGCUUCGAGGUUGCAGGUUGUGGAUACGAGAAUCUGACGGGUGGCGUGGCCGCCAUUCAUAAGGGCAUCAAGCCACUGAAAUAA